AUGACUAAUCGAUUUAGUACAAAAUUGCCAACAUUAUUACGAAUAAAUCGAUAUUCUUCAUACGAAAAUUUUCAACAUAUUCAGAGAUUAAAAUUAGGAGCUUUACAACCCGUUCGUUUCACUUCAACUUCUUCUAAAUUAUCUUAUUACUUUCAUGAAAAAACAGGAUUUUCCAAAACAUCAAGACUAAUGGAGUCAGCUUCGACAAUCGAUGAUAUCUUCUCUGAAGAUAAUAGAAUUGCAGUUCAGAACAAACCAAUUAAAGAAUUGAUUCAUACUCUAAUUGUUUACAGAUUAUGCUCUUUUCAAUGGUUAGUGAAUCGUUCUCCAGGAUUAAUAUCAUUUGCCGAAAAAGCAGGUCUUUCAGCACCUAUUUACUGGUUAAUAAAACGUACCUUUUUCGCUCAAUUUUGUGGCGGAGAAACUGCUGAACAAUGUAUAGACUCUAUGUCUCAAUUAAAAACGCAUGGGAUUGGAUUGAUACUUGAUUUAUCAAUUGAAGCGGAUAUAAAUGAAAAUGGAUCUUUAUCUCUUAAUGAAAGUCGUAAUAUCGAAGCAGAUCACGUGUCCAGAUCGAUGGCUAAAUGUAUAACGACCGCUGCAUCACAACCAAAUAGUUUUGUGGCGUUAAAGUUAACUGGUUUAUCUAAUCCAACAAUAUUGCGAUACUGGACUUUGACUUUAAAUUCUUUGUCCAAAUCAUUUGAUAAAUUUGAUAUAAAUAAAGAUGGCAAAUUAGAACGGUCAGAUUUCCUUAAAUUCGUUUACGAAUUAUUCGGCAAUGAUAAGGAAAAUGUUGUCAAAACAUUGUUUGACCAUGCCGAUGAAAACAAAGAAGGUUUGAUCGAUAAGGUUGAAUUUAUUAAUAUGCUUUCUUUAGAUAAUAAAUAUUCUCGAUCUUUAUUGAUUUGUAAUGAAGACUUUCAUUUGAAGCAAGAGGAUUUUGAGGAUUACGAUAAGAUGAUGGAUCGUCUUAAGGAACUUUGUGAACUUGCUCGAAUAAAGAAUGUUCGCUUAAUGAUUGAUGCAGAACAAACAUAUUUUCAACCGGCCAUAGAUGAUGUAGCCAUGAAAUUAUCCGCAAAGUAUAACAAAUCUGAUAACAAAAAUGGUCCAAUUAUUUUCAACACGUAUCAAAUGUAUUUAAAGGAUUCAACCGAAAGGUUGAUGCGAAAUUAUAAUUUGUCAAAUCGGAAACAAUUUGUAUUUGCGGCAAAAAUAGUGCGUGGAGCUUAUCUGUAUAGCGAACGCAAGAGAGCUAAAGAAAUGGGAUAUCCUGAUCCAAUUCAUGACACAAUCGAAAACACUCAUGCAGCUUAUGAGUUUGCUGUGGAAUUUCUAUUAAAUAAACUAUCUGAAGCUCAGAAAACAUUUGAUAAGCAAUUAGAUAUUUCAAAUAGUCCUGUAGUGUUUAUGGUUGCUUCUCAUAAUAAAAGAUCCAUAAUAAGGGCAUUACGACAGAUGAUGGAUCUUGACAUUUCAACCAAAUCUGGUCUAGUUUUGUUCGGGCAAUUGUUAGGUAUGUGUGAUACAAUUACUUAUACAUUAGGAAAAUAUGAAUGUGGAGUUUACAAAUAUGUACCCUAUGGCAAGAUUAAUGAAGUUAUACCUUACUUAAUAAGAAGAGCUCAAGAAAAUUCUUUUAUACUUGAAGGUAUAAAAGAAGAAAGUCAAUGUUUAUGGAAAGAGAUUAUAAAUC